GACCUGUGACUUGGGGUUUAUAGUGCUAAGCACGCAAAGCUCGUUAAGCUUACGAUUUUGUUAUCGCUACGAGCCUUCUGACAGGAGUGUCUGUGGAAGUGCCAGCUGUUUGUCAAUUCCAGGUGUGGACGCUGGCCCAGCAGCGAUGCCGGCAAGCAUCCCUCGUUGCGAAAUCCUUCUCCCCUCGCGCCCGACCGGCCUCGUUGUGCGCCACCGCGUGGAUGGAGCCUCCUGCGCGGCCGCGUCCGGCUCGGCUGCCGUCGCAUUUGAGACGCUGGUGUUCUUCCCCGACCGCGUGUGUGCGCUGGAGGGCGGCGGCGGCCUCAGCCCCUGGCGCCUGGGGCCGCAGCUGAGACUCACGGACGGCGCCACACGCGCCUCACACCUCGUGUGCGACUCCACGCCCUGCGCCACCUACUGCGCCGCCACCGGCUGUGUCUACUUCGUGGAGGGUUACGCCAUUCUGAGGCUGGACGGCGCCAAUGUGGUGACGCCGGUGGCGGGCUGCAGCACCGAGUGCGACCAGGUGGACGCGGUGGGCCGUGACGCCCGCUUCGGCUGCAUACGUGCCAUGACUGCCGACGGCCGUGGAAACCUGUGUGAGCCGUGCAUCCGCUGCGGUAGCUAAGCCGGGGUUUCCUUCUAUGUGCGGGGGUUCCAGGGCAUGCCGUGACAUGGAGGUGUUUCAGCUCCCUGUACCACGACAUUGAGGAAAUCUCGCACAUUCAAGCUGGGCCCAUCACUAAAGCCGUCACUGCCCCAGAGAAGGGUGCCAGUCUCCACACCGAGCGCUACUAUGAGGUAGCUUGGAAGGACACAACCAUUGUUAAAGGAGCGGCUGAGGCCUACACCCGCAUGAAGUAUACUGGGACUGCUGCCGCACACAUGGGAUACGGGCAAGCGUGCCACAAAUAUUUCCU